AUGGUGAAUACAACAGUUAUGUAUAAUGGACAGCAAAUUCAAAUUAAUCUACCUGAUAAUCCAUCAUUAGAUAUGAUAUAUAAAUGUUUAAAUGAACAAAUGCCAAAAACAUUUAAUUUUCGUACGCAUAUUGUUCAAUUAUUUGAUCCAACUAUCGGUGAAUUUUUUGAUUUAAAUGACGAUGGUCUUCGAUCAUGGGUUCGUUUACCAUUAAAAGAAAAAUUACGUAUGCGUUUACAAAUAAUUCGUGCUGGAAUUGAUUAUGAUGAUACAAAUGAAAAUGAGAAAAAUUCUAAUGAUAAUAUGUCAGAAGUUUUUCUUAAAAUUGAACAUGAUAUUGAAACUUUAUUUAGUGCUAUUGAAAAUCUUCAAGUAACUGCAAAUGGUAUUCGUCAAGAUUUUAAAACAGCUCUUGAAAAAUAUAAUAAAUAUCAACAGGAAAAAGUUCUAUCACCAAAACCAAAUAUAAUUAAUACACCAACAUUUCUACCCAAUACAAAUCGAAUAGAAAAUAAUAAUGUAACAAAAGAAAAAAAUUUAUCACCAAAAAUUGAAAACGGAAAUACUGUACAACCAAUACGCUAUCCAUCUCAAGAUAUUCGUUUUAAAAAUAAACUCGAAACACAAAAUGUUGCACCUAUUCCUGUUAAAAAACAAGUUCCUCUAGUUUCAAAUGCUUAUGAAAAUGAUGAUGAUGAUGAAGAAGAAGAAGAAGAACAACAAGCAGAUGAUGAACAAAGUGAACAAAACGGUAAUAUGCAAAUGAAUCAAUCUGCACCAGUAAUCGAUAUUGAAACACCAUUAUUACAAGUUGGCGAAGAUUUUCAAGCACUUGUUUCUAUAGCUGUUAAUCCAUCAUAUUUCUUUGUUCAAAAUACUUUGCAUACACAUGAUCUUGAACAACUUGCACAAAGCAUGAAUGAUUAUUAUUCAACAAGUGAUCCACCAUCAAUAUCUUUCAAACCAAUGGAAAUGAGUUGUUGUGCAGCUCGUUAUUCUGUUGAUAAUCGAUGGUAUCGUGCUCGAAUAAAACGAUAUAGUUCUGAAACAACUGUUGAACUUGUUUAUCUUGAUUAUGGUAAUAAUGAAGAACGAAAUAUUCAUGAAUUACGUCCACUUGAUCCAGCAUUUGCUCGUUUACCUGCUCAAGCUAUUUGUGCAGCACUUGAGUUAUUACCAGUUAAUGGUGAUAAUAAUAGUUCAUGGACGAAAAAAGCUAGUUUUAAAUUUCAUGAAGAUACAUUAACUAAACCACUUGAUGUACGUAUUACUGCACAACCAACUUUACAAUGGCCAAUGUAUUUUGUACAACUUACAAUUGAUCAACAUACAGAUGUAGCUGAAACUUUAAUUUCAAUACAAAGUGGCCGACGAGCAUCACUUGCACAAAUUGUACAAAUUGUUGGUCCACGUCUUGAUCUUAGUGAUUAUGCUGCUUAUAAUUUACCAAAAGAAAUUUUACAACAUGCAACAAAUCUUAAUGUUUCACAAAAACAAUCUGUUCGUGUUUCAAAUGUAUCAAAUACAACGAAGCAUGAUAAUGGGUCUAAUAAAAUGCCUUCGAAUAUAUCUGGUAGAAUAUCUCGUUCAAGUAAUAUUCCAUCAACAACUUUAAAUUUAACUGAUAAUAUUGGUUCAUGUACUAUAACAUCUCUAACAUCACCAUCACAUUUUUUUAUACAAUUUACUGAAAAAAAUAAUUUCGAACAAAUCUAUAAUAGUGUUAAUGAAACAUAUCUUGAACGUAUAUCAUGUGAUCGUAUGACACGUUUAAAAAAUUUCUCAAUAAAUACAUUAGGUGUAGCACGUAAUACUCGUGAUCAACGUUUUUAUCGUGUACAAAUUAUUAAUCAUGAUCGUGAACGUAAAACACUUCUUGUACUUUGUUUUGAUUUCGGCGAAUAUAUAACAAUACAAGAAACAUCAAUCUAUGAACUUAUACCUGAAUUUCUAAUAUAUCCACCACAAUCUAUUAAAUGUUCAUUAGGUUUAAUACAUCCAACAAAUGAAGAUUGGUCACGUGAAUCUGUUAAUUUAAUGAAUCGUUUUAUUGGUGGAAAAGGUUUUAAAACAUUUCGAUUCUAUUCUUUAAGUGCAGCAACACGUACAAUAAGUCUUAGUGAUCCACCAUUACCAAUAAUAUUAUAUGAUAUGAAUACAUCAGAUAAUUCAUUAAAUGAACAAUUAAUUACAAAAAAACUUGCUAUACCUGAAACAAAUUAUAUUGAAUAUAUACGUCUUGCUAAUGAUGCUAUGAAUGAUUUAAAUGGUUUUAAAAAUCAACGUAUUAGACAAUAUAUCGAAUCGCAACGAAAUUAUACUCAACCACAAACACAGACAACAUCAUCACUUUUUAUUGAAAGAAAUCCAAUUGAUGUACGAUAUGAACAACCACAAAAACAACAAAAUCAUAAUUUAAAUAUAAAUACAAUUAAUAUUGAAACACUUCCUUUACCUGAAAAUGAAGAAAAUCUUCCAUAUUGUCCACCAGUAAUUGAACCAGAAUUAAAACAUUGGUAUGCUGUUGAAGUAACAUAUGUUAAAUCAGCAGGAGAAUUUUAUAUUCGAUAUCCAUUUGGUAUUGAAAAUUCACUUGGUCAAGCUAAUGAACCUGCUCCAUAUCCUGAUCAUAUUGAACCAAAUAUAGAACUUAAUGAACUUCAUCGAAAUAUGGCUGAUUUUUAUGGAACAGUACAACGUCGUAGUAUAUCAACAGCUGCUUCGUAUUGUACCGGUCAAAUGGUUGCUGUACGCUAUCAAUCACAUUGGCAUCGAGCACUUGUAUUGGAAUUUAAACCAUCAACAAAUUUUGCAUGGGUUCAAUUUGUUGAUCAAGGUGAAAAACGUGAAUUAGGCACAAAUACAAUGCGACCAUUAGAUUCGAAAUUUCUCGAUUUACCAUUACAAGCAUAUUUAUGUCAUUUAGAUGGUUUUGAUGCCGAUUAUCCAUGGACAACACAAGAUCAAGAAUUAUUUAAAAAGAAAAUACGUGAUAAGAUUUUAUAUGCAAGAAAAAUUCGUGAACCAAAUUCUAUUAAAUUAGUUGAACAUGUUGAUGGUGAAAUUGUUUCUUUCGAUUCAUUUUGGAAGAUACUUCAUCAUGCAAAUAAAUCAUCUGAAUCAACAAAACCCAUGCCAUCAACACCAAUAAAUCGUAUAACAACAAGUCUUCGUCAUCCUCAACCAUCACCACAAAAAUUUUCACCUAUGGUAAAUAAUGAAGCACCUGUUCGAAAUCUUCAACCAGUCUUACCUGGUAUUGUUAAUUAUGCAAGUGGUUCUGAAUAUAGUCAAACAUCAGCAGCUAUAAUACCAAAAGCAACAACAAUGAAAAAAUCAAGUGGUGUAACUAUUCCACCACCACCACCAUCAGCAUCACAAGCAAAUCGACAACCAAUGCAAUUUAUUUCAGCUGGUUUUAAACAACCUGUUGAAUAUGCACAUUUAUCACCAAGUGAACAAUUAGCACAAUUACAACAACAAGAAAAUCAUCGAAUACAACCAACUGGUGGUUAUUCAAUAAAUAAACAUUUUCGUCAACAGCAAUAA